GACUUUCGGUAGGCCGGCCGCCAGACGUCCAUACCCACUCCAAACAACAUCCCGGCGCUUGACGAGCACAGCACACGACCACGCAACCUCUCCUUCUCUUGAUUGCUCUGGCUGGUUGAUGCUCUGGUGAGGAACUGCAGCGUCAUGGAGAAGUUUCUGAGGGAAUGGCGGCAGGAUGCCCUCAACAAGGCCCAGUACGAGUCGGCCAUCUUCAUCGGCGACAAGCUGCUUGCCUUGACCAAUGACGAUAACGACGCAUUCUGGCUCGCCCAAGUCCACUUUGCCACGGGAAAUUACACGCGCGCCCAGGCAUUCCUCUCCAGCCAAGACCUCGUCACCCGCAACCCCUCGUGCCGCUACCUCGCCGGCCACUGCCUCAUCAAGCAGUCGCGAUUCGACGAAGCCCUGGCUGUCCUCGGCGACCGCAAUCCGACGCACCUCAUCACCAACGGGUCCGGGAGCAACAAGCGCAAGACGCAACCGCGCCACGGCCGACGCCGAGACGAUGCCGCCGACGAGGAGGCGGCUAACCGCCGCUACGAGGCUGGCAUGUGUUUUCUCCGCGGCAUCUGCUAUGCAAAGCAGAAUGCCUUUGAUCGCGCCAAGGAGUGUUACAAGGACGCUGUGCGCAUCGAUGUCCAGUGCUUCGAGGCCUUCCAGCAGCUGAUGAAGAACUCCCUGUUGUCGCCCGACGAGGAGUGGCAAUUUCUUGAGAGCCUCGAUUUCGACUCAAUCCACGUGUCCGGAGACGUCUCGUCCUCUCAGGAGGCAGCCGACUUCACCAAGAUGCUCUACACCACCCGGCUGUCCAAGUACCGUAACCCAGCCGCAUUCGCGACGGCCUACGACUCUUUGUCGACGCACUACCACCUCGCGUCGAAUCCCGACCUGCAGCUCGCUAGAGCCGACCUACUGUACACGCAAUGUCGUUAUCGAGACGCCUUGGCUAUCACGAAUUCGAUCCUCCAGGAGGAUAAGUACAACUUUAGCGUCUAUCCGGUUCACUUGGCCUGUCUGUUUGAGCUCAAGUUGAAGAAUUUGCUGUUUUUGGUGGCGCACGACUUGGCGGACAGUCACCCUGAGGAGCCAUGCUCCUGGUUGGCAGUGGGAAUCUACUACUUCGCCAUCGAAAAGAUCGCUGAGGCGAGGCGGUACUUCAGCAAGGCCAGCAUGAUGGACGCACACUUUGGACCGGCGUGGAUUGGAUUUGCGCACACCUUUGCGGCCGAGGGCGAACACGACCAGGCCAUCUCAGCCUACUCCACAGCCGCGAGGUUGUUCAUGGGAACUCACCUCCCACAGGUUUUCCUUGGGAUGCAAAACCAUGCUUUAAAUAAUAUGACACUGGCAGAGGAGUUUCUUAAGACGGCAUAUGGUCUAUGCAGGACGGACCCGUUGCUGCUGAACGAGAUGGGAAUUGUCAAAUACCAUCAAGACAAGCCAAAAGAGGCUAUACAGUACUUCACUGGUGCGCUCAAGGUCGCCGCUGAUAUGGACAGUGAGCCAUCAGCAUGGCUGGCAGCCCGUACGAACCUAGGUCACGCUUACCGGAGACUACGACGCUUUAACCACGCACUGGAGCAAUUUGACGAGGUGCUGCGGCAAGGCGGCAAGGACGCAGCCAUCUUUAGCGCAAAAGGUCUCAUCCUGAUGGAGCAGAACAAACCUGAGGAGGCCGUGGUUGUGCUCCAUGAGGCACUGGCGAUCAGCCCCCAAGAUAGUAUCGCGACAGAGCUUCUGAACAAGGCACUGGAGGAGACUGCAUUCGUUGAUGGCGCGGCAGAGUCGGAAGCCGAGGAUCUGGCUGAGUUUGAGCAUCAGCUUGGCCAGCGAAAGAUGGCGGCUUCGGUCAAGGUCAAUGGGAGAAGAGCGGCUGGACGGGGGAUAAUGAUGGAGAAGGGCACCGGUAGGGUUGGACGGUCUCGCCGGGUGACGGUGUUGGGGGAUGACGAUGAGGACGAGGCGAAGGGGGAGAGCAUGAUGGAUAUGAGCGACUACGAGUGAAGGUCGGACUGCAUCAAUUACGACGGGGAUCAAGAUGGCACGCGGGAUGGGUUCUGUAAUGAGAUGAAUUUGGGACCAUUGGGCGUUUAAGGGGUACACGCGUUAUGAUUGGGCUACCAAGGACAAAGCAUUCCGUAGAAAAAAGAUAUGGAUAAUUCUCAAAAA